UUUUAAUUUAAUAAAUUUCUAUCUUUAAUUUGCCUAAAGAACAAGCACAAUGCGGAUGAAUUGCACAAUGCAUGUAUAUAAAUAGAUCUUAAAUGAUGCGUGCACAUUAUCACAUAGUUCUUCGUGUUUUCCUUCAUACCACGACAAAUGAAUCGACGCAAUGCCAACGGUACUUUCCCUCAGAGCGCUUUAUUUGAGUUUAGUUGGCGGCAUACGUCGACGGCAUAUGUCGGCGGCGUGUGCGUUGGUACGCAAUACGCCGCGAUUCUACAUAAGCUAUCUUUUGGAUAAUUUUGAUACUUGGAUGACCUGGCGAACAACUAUCUUCUUCACAUUUGUAUGAAACUGUAAUUGUGGAAAAUCUCAUGCUGGGUAUGACCAUUUUGUGGAAAAUAUACAUGACUAAACAAUAACAUAAGAAAAAUGGUAAGCAACUUACCACAAGAAUUCAGGAGAUAUCAACGAAAUAGAAAUCAACUACGUCACAUAUUUGAAGAGACACAACGUACACUGGAAAUCAUAAAGCUUGAAAACUUUUUUCCUGGAGAGAACAUUAUCGAGGAAUUACUACCCCCAUUGACCUUGAAUAAAGUGACACACAUUCUCGAUAAUAUUCCUGCAAUAGUCGUCUUUGGACAAGACAAUAAAGCUAAAGCUUCGCUAGUUAACAACUUACUCUCAGCUGAUAUUUUGCCAUUGUCCAAUGAUUCGUGGAGAUGGGUCAAACUUACUUAUGGUCAAACAAAUCAUGUCAAUCUUACAUUAGGUUUAGAGUACGAGGUAGUAGAGACACUACAAGCAAAUGAAAAAUCAUGGAGCACACUUCCUAUCGAAGAUCUAGCCAAGUCAAUAAGCGAAGAUAUUAAUUGUCCUACAAUAUUAGAAGUGAAAUUAAAUCAAGAAGUGCUGAAAGAAGGUGUUCAAAUAUUUGUUGUUCCAAACAAUGGAGUGAUAAAAAUUCUUGAAAAAGGUUCUCUAAAAAUUUUACCUAUAUUUCUUUAUGCUCUUGGGGAGCAACCAUUGACGGAAGAAAAUUUGGAAGAGUUGAGAGAUUUAAAGGAGACUUAUCCUUAUAAUCCGAUUUUAUUCAUAUCAUCAUUAGCUAAUAUUUCUUUGGAUGGCACAGAUGCGGAAUUGACUGAGUCUGAGCAGCAUAGUCUGCAAAGUCGAUUAGAAGUACCAGGCGUUUCUAAGGAGUCGAAGAGCGAUGAUAGUAUUAAUAUUGACAAAAUGAAUUCACUUGGUUUAACAUGGCUAGAUCAAUUAAGCAGUUUAGGAUUCCUUGGUAUGGAAGAAUCUGUGGAAGUUCAUCAAUUAACGUGGCUUGUCGGUGAACAAUAUAUUAAUAAUUCGAGCAAUCUGGUGGAUUCAUGCAAAAGAACGGAUCGAGUCUUACAUUUUACGCGCGGCUGCUUGCAAAACUAUCUGAUUAAUGCUAGUACUUAUUUGAACGAAAUACACACGACCAGUUUGCGUAAAUUUAUCUUAAGUGCAUUUGACAUGGCACGAAAAAUACAGAUUACUCCUAGAAGAAUACAGUAUGCUCAACAAAAAGAAAAUGAACUUUAUGCUAGUCUAAUGAAAGUUGUUAAUGAGCAGCAAUUGGAGCUAACUGAGCUGAUACAAUGUAUUAUUCAGGAAAUGAAAGAUGACAUAGCGGGAUCUGAUGUUUAUCGAUAUCAGAGUAUUCUUAACGAUGAUAAUGAAAGGGAGUGGACUGUUACUGUUCGCGUCGCGAUGUCGGAAGUUCAGCGAUUUGUGUUGAGUCGCUUGGGUGAGAAAGUCGCAAAGGAGCUCGUAAACUCGGUUAAUUGUCUUCGAGAGACUUUUGUCGGAACUCUUCAACGUUGUUUAAUAAGUCUGGAAAAUAACUACGAGCACGACAGCACUUUACUGGCUAGCGACGCCUUAAAGCAAAUACUUUCCGCGGCUUACAACAUCGAACUGCACAAUUCGUCACCAUCCUUAGUGCAUUCGUUCUUGGAAAGAUUAAGACAACUCUUCCAGUCCUUACCAUUACCAUGGGCACCCACUCCGACUUUGAACAUAGCUUGGAGAAGGAAGAUUACCAUCGACAUCUUGAAUUCCCUAUCAGCAGCGAGAUUAGCGAGGGCAAUUUCCACGCAGUUUAGAGACAAACUGAAAUCCUCACACGACGCCUUUCAAACCGCUUUAAGAUCCUUGGAAAAUUAUUAUACCGGAAAAUUGGAGAGAACCGAGGAGCAGAGGGUAGCUAUACGGAAGUAUCACGCGCCUAAAUUAGCUAAACUCGCAUUGGAAUCUACGUCGAUGAUGGACGCAGUCCGCUUUGGGAUUCCUCAAUAUAACAAAGAGAUUGGCAGAGGACAAUACGGUGUGGUGUUUGCUUGCAAUAGUUGGGGUGGAGCACCAGGACCGUGUGCAGUAAAAUCAGUUGUUCCGCCAGACGAAAGACACUGGAAUGAUCUUGCGAUGGAGGUUUACUACACGAGAUCGAUACCGGAUCAUAAAAGGAUAGUGAAACUUCGCGGAUCGGUCAUUGAUCAAUCGUAUGGCGGAGGAUUCGGGUUGGGCGCUGCAGUUCUCUUAGUCACUGACCGAUUAAGCCGUGAUUUAUAUUGCGGUAUACAUACUGGUCUCUCAUGGCUGGAACGUACACAAAUAGCAAUAGACGUGCUGGAGGGAAUACGCUAUCUUCACUCGCAAGGUUUAGUCCAUCGAGAUAUUAAACUGAAGAAUGUUUUGCUUGAUAUGGAAAACAGAGCCAAAUUAACGGAUCUCGGAUUCUGUAUUACUGAAGCUAUGAUGUCGGGAAGUAUCGUAGGAACACCAAUCCAUAUGGCACCGGAACUUCUGUCUGGUCACUACGACAGUAGUGUCGAUGUCUAUGCUUUCGGCAUUUUGUUUUGGUACAUAUGUGCUGGGAAGGUUCGAUUACCAUACGCAUUUGAACAAUUUCAUAACAAGGAGCAGUUAUGGACAAGCGUACGAAAAGGUCUUAGACCUGAGAGGCUAUCACAAUUUGAUGAGGAAUGUUGGAUAUUAAUGGAACAGUGUUGGUCUGGAGAAGCAUCCAAACGUCCACUGCUCGGUGCAAUUCAACCUGUAUUAGAGUCUAUACAACAGAAAGCAGAAAGAGGCAAGUCCUUACAAGAACUCGACGCACAGAAGCUUCACGAGAGUUCAGCCGAACAAAUACAUCCUGUGCUAGCAUUAGCAGAGCCUAAUAAUCAGAGAGGUGCUGUAUUUAGUCCGCUUCCACCUAGACGCAAGGCUUUUAGAACUAUGAAUCCUGUCACACGACCUUUUCACACGACCAAAAUUUUUCAAACAGGUGUUUAUUCUAUGUUCAUACAAAUGCGAGAAUUUUAAGUGCCAGAACCAGAUAUAUCUUACACUAUAAAUAUAAUUUAUUGAUAUAUUAAUUAUUUGGAAUGCUUAACACAAGGCUCAUUGUUUUCAUUUUCACUGAUUCUGAUAAUCUUAAUAGUACUUUAGAGUACAGUAUUACAGUAAAGAAGUCUCUCUUUGUACAUCGUGAAUAGAAAAAUAUUUACGCAUCCCAUUCUAUUCUGUGGGAUAAUUUAAAAAUUAAGAUUUACAAUUAAACUAAUUUACAACAAAAAUAUUACUACAACAAUGUUUUAUUCACAC